CAGCGACGCGGGGACGGAGUGGGACACGGUCGAGGUCCGCGGCGAGCACAAGCACGACCUCUUUCUUGAGGACGGGCUGCUGUUCUCGCACCCCGCAGGGGCCAAGGUGGUGGGCGAGGGCGAGGACAAGGCCACUGCAGGGGCGCCGCCGCCGCGGGAAAAAGAUGACACCAAGGGCGCGGAGGACGCCAUGGAGUGCCUGCGGCACCACUCCAAGAGCGGCUCCCUGAGAACCGAGACUACCCUGAAGGGCAGUGCCCGGGCUGGCGACAGCAGCCUGGAGGUCUGGUGCACCACGGGCUUCCAGCAGGGCGACUCCGUGCGAAUCGAGGGCGAGCCGGGCGAGUUCUCGGAGGUGCAGAGGGUCAGCAGCGUCGACCACGACGGCAAGAGGCUCCACUUCGAGUCGGCGCUGGCGAAGGCGUACCCCAAGGAGGCAGCGGUGGCCAGGGCAGAGGAGCACAUUCUGGGCGAGUACGGCUUCCUGAGCGAGUUCGACGGCAUCACGGAGGAGGAAGCGCGGCAGCGGGUGCGGCGAUUGGCGUCACUCUUCGGGGUGAGGGAGUUCGAGUUCUACAACGCGUUCAAGGGCUACUCUGCCCCCCCAGCCGACCAUGAGGAGAAGUGGCACUGCGCCUGCUUUGGCAUGCCAGUGCGCCGGAGCGUAUUACAGGCGUACACUGACGAGAUUGAGAAGCUGGGCGGGCGGUCCUGGCUGACGGUCGUGGGCAUGGCCACGGACCCAGGCGACGCGGAGACGCAGCGGUUCACAUACGUCAUCGGGCACCAGGUGGUCGAGGGGAAGAGCCUUCUCGACGCGGUGGAGCCCACCGCCGAGCUGGCGCGCAGCAUCGCCCCGCGCUGGGCGGGCUUCGCCAAGGGCCUGGGCUUCUCGGGUAUUCACUGGGCCACCGUCAACGGCUACGCCUCGGGUGGGGGCGCGCAGAAGGAGAGCGACGUGAAGGAGUUCCUGCAGGAGUCUGGCGCCGUUCUCAAGGAGCACGGGCUGCAGCAGACGUGGAACUUUCUCAACGGCUUCGGCUGGGAGAAGCCCCUGGUGAGCGACGGAGUCGUCGCCUUCACCAUCUGGGAGACCUUCGACCACAUGACGGACCCCUUCCAGGCGCUGAACGCUGGCGUGGUGAAGAGCUUCCCCGUGCAGGAGGACGAAGACUUCGAGAGCGCGCUCGACUAUCUGUCGAAAACUUGGGCCAGGGCCAGGUGCAAUGGGAUGCACCUCCUGGCAGUGGGCGACGGCUCACGGAUCCUGCGAAACGAUUACUACCCAUCAGCCUUGGACAUGACUGGCACAGACACCCAAGCGUUGACCGAGAGGGUCUUCAGGGAGGAGGCGUGCUCCGAGGAGUCAUCCAGAAGAGAGGGAUCACUCGGCGCGGAGUCGUCCGGGGGAGAGUCCUCCGACCCGAGCGCCCGGCGAGAGGCCGUGCAGCUGGGAGUCAUGCAGGCAACAGUCAGGGACAUGGAUGGCGCCCAGGUGGGCCGCGACCAGUACCCCAUGCUCGAGGGCAUCCUCAUCGAGCUCUUCGGCUACAGCAAGUGCCACGUGGACGCCUGGCAGCACUGCGGCGGGCAGGGCGAGGAUCUUUGGACGGUCCGCCGCGCCCGACGACUCACCGGCGAGGGCAGCUCGACUUACGACGCCCCGUUCGAGGGCCGGUGCCACGGCAGUUGCGCGGACCACAGCUCCGUCACGUCGUCGCAGGUCCGCGAUGCCCUCCAGCAGGCGCUCCAGCGCCACGGCAUCGAGGGAGAGGUGGAGUCCGCCCGCAUCAUCUGGGGCGAGGAAGCGGGCGAGCAGGACCACGAGGAGUUCCGGAUCGCGGGCAUCGGCGAGCACAACCUGAAGUACAUCAUCGCCUGCCUGCUGAUCGUCAUCGUGCUCUGCGCGGUCAUCGUCUGCCUGGAGUGCUGCUGGCACAAGCAUGCGAUGGCCAAGGAGGCGGCACACCACGAGGCCUUCUCCAGCACCUCCCGGCAAGACGUCGUCGAGACCGACCGGCUGGAGGCCGACGACGCGUCGGAGGGCGGCGGCCACGAGCACCAGACCACCGUGCACGUCACCGUCGACGAGUAGGACCUGCGCGGGGGACGCCUCGCCAGGGCGCGCCGCACGCGAUGCGCACGGGGCGGCGGACCACAGGUCGGUCCGCUCUCGUCGCUGCUUCUCUCCCUCGCUCUCUCUCUCUCUCUCUCUC